UUUUGUUGCUGGCAAACAUUGGUAAAUAAGAUGAAUGACGUUUUUUAUUUACAAAAUAAGAGAUAAUCUUUUAUCAAAAGAAAUAAUCCGUUGGGUGAUAUUUAGGAAGAGUAUCUAAUUAAGAAGAAUAAAAAUUAUUGCAAUAAAAUUACCAUGGAGUCCGUAUUGUCUUCCGAUGAUAGUUGCGAUUCGGAGAUGAAAACGAUGAAAAAUCUUUUAACAGAAUUUGAUUUAAAUGAAGAAAACCUCAGUAAAGAUGAGAUGAGAGAUCUUAUUAAGGCUUUAAAAAAUUCUAAAACAACAGUCAAGGAAGAGGAGUUACAGAGGCAAAAGUCUGAGGAUAGCCAAUGUAAUGCUUCACCAAAAAUAAAAAUGAAGAGAAAGUUCCUUAAUGUAAGAGAUAGGAGAAUGCCUUGGAGUAUAUUGCCAAGCACAUUAACUGCAGCAGAGAAAGCUCACACACUUGCAGUCUACAUUAAACUGAUGUCAAUUAAUAAUUAUCGGCAAGCAAGACAAUCAGUUAAUUUUGCGGCAUGGCCUCCACCACUACAAAUAGUUGAAGAAGCCACAAGAAUUCAACCUGUAAGAUCCACUAGAAGUGGCCGUUCAGUGCCUCAGUAUUGUGGUUUCGAUGAUGACUCCUCAGAUUUAGAUAUCAUUGUAACAAAAAGUAAAAAACGAAAAGUAUCAAAUAGUGAUAAUGCAAGUGAUGGUUUGUACUCAAACAAAGUUGUCAGUUUGAAACGGAAGACCAAGGAGGAUAACACAAGGCCAGUGAAAGAGCCUAAAAUUGCCAAUGAUGCAAAUAAACUAGAAUUGAUAAACAAUUGUAAUGUAAAAUAAGCUUUUAUACAUUUCAAGACUGAUUUUUAAUUUAAUUAGCUUUGAAUCUUGUGUACGACAGUUUUAACACUAGCACUAUAGGUACACAUAUACAUAGCAGUCAAAUUAAGUUAUUUGAUUUAGCCAUAAGAUGGCGCUUUUGUUGUACUAAUUAUGCAUGCGGAUAAUUGAAGUGUUUUGAUGGUGAUAUUUAGUUUAAUAUUUUGAUUUUCUGAUGAUAAAAGUCAUUUUUUUUACAAUUAUAAUACAUGUUACAUAAA